CUGGGUGACGCUGAGAAGAAGGCGCGGUCGCCCAUAAUUUGGAGCCUUGUCCUCGGAAGCUGGAGGAGGUUGGCUUGUCCAGAGCGGAGAUGGCGUGAGGAGGAAUGGGUGAUGAGUUCUUUGAGGUAUAGGGGGGCAGUGCCAUGGAGGCACUGGUGGGACAGAAGGGAGAACAAGUAGACAAGGGGAGGGAACUGGUUUGCAACUACUGCAGUCGCAGUGGUUGAAGCAUAUAAGACGAGCGUAGGGUCUUUCGCUGAAAGCCAGUGGUGGAGAAUAGUAAAAUGUCUAAAACUAAAGUUUAAAUUCACCUAGUGACACCUCAGAAGUUGUAUGUGAAAACUGAAAGAAACAUUAAGGUGUCUGUUGUGGACUUUUCAUUGUGACGGGAGAUAUUUACCCCGCCAGACAGCAUCAGUUAGCUGACCAGACCGGUCCAGCCAAACUCUCUAUAUAUUCUAUUUCUAUAAUAUGUAUCUAUAUUAUCUCAGCUUUAUCUAUAUGUAACAACUACAUAUAAUCAAAAUACGAUAUUGGACCCCUAUAUUCUUUAUUUUACCUCUAUAUAAUCUAUAUAUUCUAUAUCCUUAUUCUAAAUCAAAUGUUAUUCCAUAUCUAGUUUAUAUCUUUAUUCUAUAUCUAUAUCCUAUAUAAUAUGACUAUAUUCUACAUCCAUGCUAUAUAUGCUCCCCGCUGGUCAACUGUAGGUGACCACUAGUUAUUUUCAGGGUAGCUGAUAAAUGGCACUGCCUGUUUAACGUGGUCUGGGUGAAUAUCCUCUUUCUACUUUGCAUUUGUCUCUGAGGCCCAGCAGUGCAUGGUAUUCAUGCAGUUCAUCUUAACUGUGUAAAGAGGAAGGAAGAGCUUGAACACAUUUGUUCUAGUUACCAUCUUAAACUGCAGGCACGGAAGUUUCCACAGACUUUUUCUGUCACACCAGUUACCUCCUCUACAGUCAAAGCCCUGGGAGAAACAAACUAUGAAUCUUAGAACAGCUGCAAGAGGCUUUGUAGCUUUCCUUCUGUCAGUACCAGCAUUACAGGGCAACCCUUACUGGGCAGUUACUUACCCAUCUAGUAAUAUCUGCGCUUUGAGAGGAUCAACAGUUGAAAUCCGCAGCAAUUAUAAAUACCCUAAAGGACAUGCAGUGGAGAAAAAACUCUGGUUUACUAAUAUACACAAUGAGCCAGUUGAUCUGAAAGAUGAUACAGACUAUACAGGUCGUGUUCAAUACAGCUGUGUUGAGCACAGCUGUCUCAGGCGUUACAGCACCUGUACUGAGACUUGUACACUGAGAAUCAAAGACGUGACACAGAGUGACUCUGCUGAAUACAAGUUUAGGAUUACAACAAACAAAGAAGGCGGGGCAUAUAGUGGUGUCCCUGGAGUGAAGUUAUCUGUGACGGAUCUCCAGGUGAAAGUGAUCAUUCCUCCUUCCAGUCCUAACAGGGUACAGCUGGAAUGUCACAGUAUGUGUCAUCGUACUGGUUAUGUUACAUACAUCUGGUACAGGGAUGGAACUCAACAACAACACAGAAGGAUCGACUGGUUCAACAUUAACUCUGAAUACAGGUCUUCAUGUGCUGUUCAAGGAUCCGAACUUCUCCCCUCUCCAUCAGUGUACGCUCCAGAGACCCCCUCAGUGGGAUGGACUCCCCCUGGUGUAAUAAAGGAGGGCAGUUCAGUGAAUCUGACCUGCACCAGCGAGGCCAACCCAGUAGCAAUUUACACCUGGUCCAAGGUUCCUACAGGUCAUCCCCCCGGACACAGUGUCCAAGGACAACAGCUUUCCUUUCAUCCCAUCCAGUCUUCAGACUCUGGACAAUAUCUCUGCAAAGCUAAGAAUGACCUAGGGACAAAAACUUCGUCCUCAUUCUCUAUUGAUGUGAAAUGUGGGUAAAAGAACACACAGGAUAACAUCAUAACACAGAUGUUAAAGUUUGUACAACCAUGUCAACAUUAAGAUGAAUCAUCUCAAUUCAUCCUGCAUUGCCUUAACUCCUCAAAUGUCCUCUUUAUAUCAUUCAUAUCAAUGUACAUCAUGUUUGAUGUACCUCUAGAUGGGCCUAAACACACAUCUGUGAGACCAAGUCCCCCUGGUGAAAUAAUGGAGGGAGGUUCAGUGACUCUGAACUGCAGCAGUGAUGCCAACCCAGCAGCUGACUACACCUGGUUCAAGGACAACCAACCUCUGCACUGGGAACCAAGGCGACCUUAUACCUUGGACCCAGUCAGCUCUAAAGACAGGGGAACGUACCGCUGCCAAGCAAGGAACCAAUAUGGAUAUCUGGGCUCCAACUCGGUUUUCAUAGAUGUCCUGUGUGAGUGGAAAACGAUAGUCACAAAAAACGUAAUGUUAAAUAGUAAUAAUACAAAUCUGUACCGUCUAAUAUGUCGACAUAUUUGCAAUAUACCGUCUUGCAAAAUUGUUAAGCUGCUAUUCAUGUAUUGCU